AUGGCGACCACGUCGAACAUGUUUAUGUACUCCCUGACCAUCCAGCCCCCGACUGCCAUCACUCAGGCUAUUCUGGGCCAGUUUGCGGGAACCAAGGAGCAGCAGAUUGUCACCGCGUCCGGCUCCAAGCUGACCAUCCACCGGCCCGACCCAACCCAGGGCAGGAUCACGCCCAUCUACUCGCAGGAUGUCUUUGGCAUCAUUCGCUCGCUGGCCGCCUUCCGGCUGGCCGGCAGCAGCAAAGAUUACAUUAUAAUCGGAUCCGACUCGGGCCGUAUCACCAUCAUCGAGUACAUGCCGCAGCAGAACCGGUUCCACCGCAUCCAUCUGGAGACCUUCGGCAAGUCCGGUGUCCGACGAGUCAUCCCGGGCCAGUAUCUGGCGGUGGAUCCCAAAGGCAGAGCAUGUCUGAUUGCGUCAGUCGAGAAGAAUAAGCUGGUGUACGUUCUGAACCGCAACGCGCAGGCGGAAUUGACCAUUUCCUCGCCCCUGGAGGCUCACAAGCCACACGCGCUGGUCUUCUCCGUUGCAGCGUUGGAUGUGGGAUACGAGAACCCCAUCUUCGCGGCCCUGGAGGUCGACUAUUCCGAAUGUGAUCAAGAUCCCACUGGUAAGGCGUACGAGGAAGUGGAGAAAUCGCUCGUGUAUUACGAGCUUGAUCUGGGCUUGAACCAUGUCGUCCGGAAGUGGUCAGACCCCGUAGACCGCACGGCAACGAUGUUAUUCCAGGUUCCCGGUGGUGCGGACGGUCCCAGCGGGGUGCUGGUAUGCGCUGAAGGCAACAUUACCUAUCGUCACUCCAACCAGGAUGCUUUCAGGGUGCCGAUCCCUCGGCGCAGCGGGCCAACAGAGAACCCGGAGCGGAAGCGCUACAUUACGGCUGGCGUCAUGCAUAAGAUGAGGGGCGCAUUCUUUUUCCUUCUGCAGACUGAGGAUGGUGAUCUAUUCAAGGUCACCAUCGAUAUGGUCGAGGAUGAGAAGGGGCAGUUGACCGGCGAAGUGCGCAGACUGAAAAUCAAGUACUUCGAUACCGUGCCUAUUGCAACGAGCCUCUUGAUCUUGAAGAGCGGGUUUCUGUUCGUCGCCAGUGAGAACGGUAAUCAUCAUUUCUACCAGUUCGAGAAACUGGGAGAUGAUGAUGAAGAGACCGAGUUUACGAGCGACGACUUCUCCGCUGACCCUUCGGAGCCUCUGCCGCCUGUCUACUUCCGCCCCAGGGGAGCGGAAAACGUGACUCUGGUGGAAAGCAUCAAUUCCUUGAAUCCCCUGAUGGAUGCCAAAGUCGCCAACCUCACGGACGAGGACGCCCCACAGAUUUAUACACUCUGUGGAACGGGAGCGCGGAGCAGCUUGAGGAUCCUGAAGCACGGCUUGGAGGUUUCUGAAAUCGUGGAGUCGGAACUUCCCAGCAUGCCGUCAGCAGUUUGGACAACGAAGCUGGCCCGAACUGACCAGUAUGAUGCUUAUAUCAUUCUCUCUUUUGACAAUGGCACACUUGUUCUCAGCAUCGGCGAGACAGUCGAAGAAGUCACGGAUACUGGUUUCCUUUCGACUGCGCCCACGCUGGCCGUCCAGCAACUGGGAGAAGACUCCUUGAUUCAAGUCCAUCCCAGGGGUAUUCGGCAUAUCCUUGCUGAUCGCCGGGUAAAUGAAUGGCCCGCUCCGCAGCAUCGAACGAUCGUCGCUGCGGCUACGAACGAGCGCCAAGUCGCUGUUGCUUUGAGUUCGGGAGAGAUAGUGUAUUUCGAAAUGGAUACGGAUGGAUCCCUUGCCGAAUAUGACGAGAAGCGGCAGAUGUCCGGCACUGUCACUUGCCUCAGCCUUGGUGAGGUCCCGGAGGGCCGCGUCCGGAGUUCGUUCCUCGCCGUUGGGUGCGAUGAUUCUACUGUCCGCAUUCUCAGCUUGGAUCCCGACUCGACCCUGGAGAACAAGUCAGUGCAGGCUCUUACUUCCGCCCCUUCUGCCCUGAAUAUCAUGUCUAUGACAGACUCCAGCUCUGGUGGAUCAACGUUGUACUUGCACAUUGGUCUAUACUCGGGUGUCUAUCUCCGAACCGUUCUUGACGAGGUUACCGGAGAACUUUCCGACACCAGAACUCGAUUCUUGGGUCCUAAACCGGUCAAGCUGUUCCGGGUGUCUGUAAAGGGCCAGACGUCAGUUCUUGCUCUCAGCUCCCGUCCUUGGCUGGGAUACUCGGAUGUUCAGACCAAGAGUUUUAUGCUCACGCCGCUGGAUUACGUCCCACUGGAAUGGGGCUGGAAUUUCUCCAGUGAGCAGUGUGUGGAGGGAAUGGUCGGCAUCCAAGGGCAAAAUCUCAGAAUCUUCUCCAUCGAGAAGCUGGAUAACAAUCUUCUCCAACAGUCCAUUCCCCUCACGUACACUCCACGCCGGUUUGUUAAACAUCCUGAACAGCCGCUAUUUUAUGUCAUUGAGGCCGACAACAACAUUCUGUCACCGGCGACACAGGCUCGGCUAGUCGAGGACUCGAAGCUCCAGAAUGGUGACGCUGUGAUACCUCCUCCGCAAGACUUUGGCUAUCCGCGCGCAAACGGCCAUUGGGCAUCGUGCAUCGAAGUGGUCGAUCCCGUCAACGCCAAGUCAGUUAUUUCGCGUAUCGAACUGGAGGAAAACGAGGCGGCUGUCAGUAUUGCGACGGUUUCCUUCUCCAGUCAGGACGAUGAGACUUUCCUCAUCGUGGGAACUGGCAAGGACAUGGUCGUCAGCCCACGUUCCUGCUCUGCCGGAUUCAUUCACGUCUACCGAUUCCAAGAAGAUGGCAGGGAGCUUGAGUUCAUCCACAAGACCAAGGUCGAGGAGCCUCCACUUGCUCUUCUCGGCUUCCAAGGGCGUAUGCUCGCUGGUAUUGGCUCGUACCUCCGCAUAUACGACCUCGGAAUGAAACAAAUGCUUCGAAAGUGUCAGGUCCAGGCCACGCCAAGACUCAUCGUUGGUCUGCAGACGCAAGGCAGCAGGAUCGUUGUGGCCGAUGUCCAGGAAAGCGUCACGUACGUCGUCUACAAGCAUCAGGAGAACCGUCUGAUCCCGUUUGUGGAUGAUGUCGUUGCGCGUUGGACGACGACGUCGACCAUGGUGGAUUAUGAGACGACAGCGGGUGGUGACAAGUUUGGCAAUAUCUGGCUGGUCCGCUGUCCCAAGAAAGUGUCGGAUGAGUCGGAUGAAGAUGGGUCGGGUGCUCACCUCAUCCACGAGCGUCCAUACCUUAAUGGCACUCCCAAUCGGCUGGACUUGAUGAUUCAUUUCUACACCCAGGACAUCCCGAUGAGCCUACAGAAGACGCAACUGGUGGCGGGAGGCCGCGACGUUCUGUUCUGGGCCGGCCUUCAGGGAACGAUUGGCAUGUUUAUUCCGUUUGUCAGCCGUGAAGACGUGGACUUCUUCCAGAGUCUGGAGAUGCAAUUGGCCGCGCAGAAUCCUCCUCUUGCGGGAAGGGAUCAUCUGAUCUACCGCAGUUAUUACGUUCCGGUGAAGGGAGUCAUCGAUGGUGAUCUGUGCGAGACGUAUUUCCUGCUACCUAAUGACAAGAAGCUUAUGAUUGCGGGCGAGCUGGAUCGGACGGUUCGGGAGAUUGAGCGUAAGAUAUCGGAUAUGCGGACAAGGGUUGCUUAUUAG